GCAGGAGGCGAGCCAAGCUUUGCAAAGCGGAGAGGAGAGGAGGGGAGGGGGGCGCGUCUCUGGCUUUCUUUUCCCCCUCCCCAAAAAAAGGGAGAUCCCCCCCUUUUUUUUUUCUUUCUCUCCCUCCCUCUGUCUCCUUUCUCCUUCCAACCAUUUUUUUUGCUUUUUCAUUGCAUGCUCUUUUUUCUUUUUUUCUUUUUUUUUUGCAAACUGGGGGGGAGCCGUUGCAUGGCUUUCCCGCCCACCCCCCCGUUGCAUGAUUCCGAUUUUUUAAUUUAUUAAUAUUAUUUUUUUUGGGGGGGGGUCGGGUUGCAAGCUCGUUGGAAAAGCAAAAAAAAAAAAAAAUCUCGGUCGCCUUAUUUGAGAGGCGCCAUUUUUCCCCUGGCUGGAACCUCGGCGGCUUUUCUUUUCUUUUUUUUUUUUCCCCUCUUCUCUUCUUCUCUUCUCUUCUCUCUCUCCCGGUUUCGGGCGGCGACUGCCUCGCCUCCGCCCGGCGCCUUCCUCGCGCGCCCUCCCCCGGCUGACAGCUCCGCCGCUGCCGCCGCCGCACACCGAGCCAUGGCCCCGGCGCCCCUCCGGCACCCCGGACAAGCGCAGGGCGACUUUCGGGGGCUCCCGCGAGGGGCCUGGAGCGGCGUCGUCUGAGCCUUUCCCGCCGAUCCUCCGGCGCACACGCCUCCCUUGCCUGCCUGCCUGCCUGCCUGCCUUUCCACCCCGACCCGGACUCGGAAUCCCCCCCUCCGUGCAAGGGGAGAAAAGACACACACACACAGAGAGAGAGAGAGAAGCAGAGCGCGGGAGGCGCAGGAGGAGAUGGUUGCAGAUCUGAGACUUUUUGAGUUCCUUCUUGUGGUCCGACAUUUCGACCUCUAAGAAAAGCCAAGUGGAAUUUCGCCUUCUCUUCUGGGGGGAGGGGAAGGAUCCCCUCGUCUUCAGCUCGGUUUCCUCUGCUCCUCCCCCCAUAAACUUUUCAGAGACUGGGGGAUUGCUAUGGAGCCCAGGGAAAAUGUAGGCCCUUCCCGGCCAAGAGGAAGUGAGGCGGACUUCAUGGCAUCUACUAUUGCUUCUGCCAAAGCUCCUUCUGCUCUUGGAGGAUCUGGGGAGAUCCUCCUCUCUACGUCCAGCUCUGCGAAAGGGAUCUCUGGGAGCGGGGAUCAUCAUCGUAUGGAAAUUGAGGAAGAGGAUGAGCUUUGCUCCAGGAGGGAUGUAGAUUCGAUUUCCAACGCCGACAGCGAGAAGUGGGUCGCUGGCGACGGUCUGGAGGAACAGGAAUUCUCCAUCAAGGAGGCCAACUUCACCGAGGGAAGCUUGAAGUUGAAAAUCCAGACCACCAAGAGGGCUAAGAAGCCCCCCAAAAGCCUGGAGAACUAUAUCUGCCCUCCAGAAAUCAAAAUCACCAUUAAGCAAUCUGGGGAGCCCAAACUUUCAAGAGCUGGGAAAAACAGCAAAGCCUCCAGAGAAGAAGACCAUGCUCACUCCAAAAAGAAGGGUUAUGACAGGCUGCAGAAACAUUCCGUGGUUCACUACGAUCCAGAGCUACCCCAGGAUUUCACCAGUGACACCUUAAAAUCACGGCACCAGCAAAGAAAUAGCAACCAACAUCAUCUCGACUGGUCGUUGACUUCUGAGUCUGGAUCGACUUCUCAAACUUGCUUCGUUGCUCCGGAGUCAAACCGAGAAGCCACUAAUCCCCCUAAGGUCUCAGGGUCAGAGGCUGGACUGUCGUUCAGCAAAUCCCAAGUGAAGAAGGCAAAUUCCAGCAGCGCCUGGGCUCAGCUGACCAGCGGCGGUAAUAACAAAGACCUUCCCUCUUGCACUGCAACCCCGGGUUCAAACUCUCAUGGAUUAGCAUCCCAGUCUAACAAUCUGGUUGACUGCGGUGGAUUUUUGAGUCAAGACGGAGGGGGACAAGCAGACCCCCUUGAUCAAACCAGCACCAGCUCCAAGAAAAAGUCCAGUAAGAAAGACUUAAUCAACCAGACCGCCCCAAAUACAGACCUAGAAUGGGUGAAGAACACUCAGAAGUCAUUGGAAGCCCAACCCAACAUCCACAUGGAUGGCAAAAAGGAACCCAGCGCAACCAAGCCACCAUCUCCCCGACAAAGCCCAAACUCUGCCAAUCUUUCUGAAAAUGAUUCGAGCCACGUGCGAAUUACUAUCCCGAUCAAAGGUCCAAUAGGGGAGCCACCUGGUCACAAAAGGAAGAAAAGACAGUCAACCAAAGUUGCUCCCGAGAAGACGGAGAAAUCUCCAUUUUCUGGGCAACAUGUAAGCAGUGAUGUAGCCAGCCGGAGUAGCAACCAAACUGACUUGUGUAAGAAAGAUCCCCGGGUCACAAAGCCAGGGAAAGCUCCUGAAAUUGAAUCUCCAUCCGUGGUACCCAUGGAAAAAACCGAGAUGACCAAUAAAUCGCCCUCAAGCAAUGCGACCAGGCUCAGAAAGGCCACAACCGUCACAUCCGUUUCAGUGACAAAUGAUAUCCCUGCCCUCAGCAAGCAUUCAGAGAUUCAGCACCCCAAAUUUUCAGCCAAACGAAGGUGGACUUGUAGCAAACCUAAAAGCAUGUUCCGGGAACCUUCUCUGGGUCCAUCUGAGAAGCUGAUGAUAGAGCCUCCGUCCGCUUAUCCCAUAACACCAUCUAGCCCUCUCUAUACCAACACAGACAGUCUGACAGUGAUAACCCCCAUCAAGAAGAAGAGGGGCCGACCCAAGAAACAACCUUUGCUCACUGUCGAGACCAUCCAUGAGGGAACGUCCACCAGCCCUGUCAGCCCAAUCAGUCGAGAGUUCCCAGGUACAAAAAAAAGAAAGAGGAGGCGAAACUUGGUGACCCUGGCUCAGAUGCCUUCAGGAGAAGAACACGCGGCUGGCGAGUUGAAAUUUCACAAAAAGGUGGGCAAACUCGGCGUCCUGGAUAAGAAGACCAUCAAGACGAUCAACAAAAUGAAGACUCUCAAGAGGAAGAACCUCUUGAGUCAGAUCUUAUCGUGUUCCAGUAAUAUAUCUUUGAAAGCCAAAACCCAGCCACCAGCCACCUCGGGGGCUCCAACGAUCGACGCAAGGUUAGGAAAGCAAAUCAAUGUGAGCAAACGAGGGACGAUCUACAUAGGCAAGAAGAGGGGAAGGAAGCCAAGAUCUGAGUUGCAGUCUCCACAGGAAGACCCUAAGGCGGUCGUCAAACAUUUGAGGCCUGUAUCUAGCCAGCCCGAUCACCCAGCCGUGCCUUCAACCUUGCAGUCUCUCGUGACCUCCUCACCAGCAACGGUUCACCCGCUGUCCAUGCAGCUAGCGGGCUCUCACGACAACCUUAGCCCUGCCAGGACCGACACCAAUUUUUCAGAGUUAAAGACGAUGCCAAAUCUACAACCCAUCAGCGCGCUCCCCACCAAAACUCCGAAAGGAAUCCACAGUGGGACUUGGAAGUUGUCCCCACCCAGGCUCAUGGCCAAUUCUCCUUCCCACCUGUGUGACAUUGGUUCUCUGAAGGAAAUCACGCUGUCUCCUCUGAGCGAGUCCCACAGCGAAGAAACCAUCCCGAGCGACAGCGGAAUUGGUACGGACAACAACAGCACCGCAGAUCAAGCCGAGAAGACUUCAGAAUCACGCCGAAGAUACUCCUUCGAUUUCUGUAGUCUGGACAACCCAGAAGCCGUCCAGUCAGACACCAGCAGUAAGAACAGGCACAGCCACAGGCCGAAGCAUCUCAUGGUGGACAAUUUUCUCUCCCAUGAGUCCAUGAAGAAGCCAAAGCACAAGAGGAAGCGGAAAAACUUACAGAAUAGAGAUGACCUCCAGUUCCUGGCUGACCUGGAGGAGCUGAUCAGUAAGUUCCAAGUCUUCAGAAUUUCUCAUCGAAGCUACACGUUCUAUCACGAGAAUCCGUACCCCAGCAUUUUCAGGAUCAAUUUUGAUCCCUACUAUCCUGUGCCAUAUAUCCAGUACGACCCAUUGCUGUAUCUUCGCAGGACCUCCGACAUGAAGUCUAAGAAAAAGCGCGGUCGGCCUGCCAAAACCAAUGACACCAUGACGAAGGUGCCUUUCUUACAAGGGUUUGGUUACCCUAUUCCCAGCGGGAGUUACUAUGCACCCUACGGAAUGCCUUACACAUCAAUGCCUAUGAUGAACCUGGGCUACUACAGUCAGUACCCGGCCCCGUUGUACUUGUCUCACACCCUGGGCACGGCGUCUCCUUUCAUGAGGCCUACGGUGCCCCCUCCCCAGUUCCAUCCAAGUUCUCACAUGAAGAUGCCCAACACUGCCAAGCAUAAAGCCAAGCACGGCGUCCACUUGCAGACGCCCGUAGGGAUGGGCCUGGGAGAUGUCCAUUCCUCGUUGACUUCCGCCAAGGUGUCGGGGACCACCUUAUCCGGUGGCCGACUUCACAAAAGGAAACACAAACAUAAGCACAAGCACAAGGAGGAGCGGAUAUUGGGGGCUCACGACGACCUCAGCAGCCUCUUUGCAAGCAAGUCUCCCGGCUUCUCCAGCCAUUCGGUGGGGGAGAGAUUAAAUGUCUCUGAGAAGGACCUCUCCUUGUUGACCGAGAAAGGCAAACACAAGGACAAACAGAAGCACCAGCACUGCGAAGCUGGACACAAGGGGUCCAAGAGUAGCUUCGAGGUGGACACCCUCUCUACGUUGUCGCUCUCCGACACUCAGCAGUGGGUCAAGGAUAAGAACAGCUCAAGCAGCGAUGACCCCUGCCUGAAGAAGUACGCCGGGAACACGGAGAGCAGUACGAGAGCCGAUGUGAUGGAUGUCUUUGGCGAGAUGAAUUCUGCCAGUGACAAGCGAGAUGGGGACUCCAGCGGAGGAAAGAGAAGGAGCUUUGACGGAUUUGGGACCUACAGGGAGAAGGACUUUCAGACGUUCAGAGCAAGUAGGAAGGACAGGAACUCGUACGAUUCCUCAACUGUUUCAGGAAUGACCAGUUCUCACCUAAAAGCAGACCAGGCUUUGCUCCAUAGUAAGAAUGAAUGUUCUGCUUCGGCGGCAGUGACGCGUCGGAAACCAGCAGCUCUCAACGGCAUUGCCGCGUCUUCAACACCAAUCUUAUCACUCUUACCUUCUCCAACAGCAGCAGAAACAGCCAGCUCAACCCUCAAGAAGAGAUUCAAGCGCUGUGAAAUCGAAGCAAUCCAGUGUGAGGUACGCAAGAUGUGCAACUACACCAAGAUCCUCUCCACAAAGAAGAACCUGGACCACGUCAACAAAAUCCUGAAAGCCAAACGGUUGCAGAGACAAUCGAAAACGGGGAAUAAUUUUGUCAAGAAGAGGCGAGGCCGUCCACGGAAGCAGCCCCCUUCGUUCGAUGAAGACUCCGGAGACCAAAUGCCUGUGCUGGAGAAAUGCGUGGACCUGCCUUACAAACGAGGUCAGCGCCUUCUCUUGAACUCUCUGAUACUGGAACAGGCCAGCGGUCAAGAUCCGGUGGCCGCCACCAUUGAGGCGGUGGUCCACAUGGCCCGAGAAACCACUCAGUCUCCCCUCCUCCCGGUCCCUCCGUCACGGACAUCAAGAGCCGGAAAGCGGAAAAGCAAGUCGCAAUCGCAUCCAGAGGAUGAGGAGGACGAAGUGAAAGGAAAAAGGCAUCGGAAGAAUAGAGGAACUGAGAAUGAACACCUUCCCUAGUAUCUGACACGGUCAACAAAAGACAGAUGGGGAACGUUCAGCCAGUAGGCCGGAGCGGAAAAACUCUAGUUCACAUCUUCUACAGCAGGGAUCCCCAAACUUCGCAACUUUAAGACUUGUGGACUUCAAUUCCCAGAAUUCUCCAGCCAGCUAUGAAUUCUCCCAGAGAAUUCUGGGAGUUGAAGUCCACAAGUCUUAAAGUUGUCAAGUUUGAAGAUCUCUGUUCUACGGCAUCAAAAUUUGCUCUGUAUUUCAGUAGCACAGCAGCCAAAUUCAUCCAGAUGAAUUUGAUCACUCAUCGUCCUCAUCAUCAUCAUCACCACCAUAACAAUAAGAACUCAACCGCGAUGGGAACCCCUCGAUUAAUAACAGGGGAGAGAGGGUACGGAAGACGUUCUUCAAACUGAGUUUUGCUUUUUUUAUGUUGUCGUUGUUUCGAUAAGUCACCAUUGUUCUUGUGUCUCCCAGAAGUCCCCAGAGGGUAGGAGAACAUGGUGUCCUUACCAGUACGGUCAAUAUCUUUCUCAAAUGAUGGUCCUUGCCCCCUUUUUUUUUGGGUAGGUAACAUUGAAAUCACCAGCAACGUUUCUGGUCACUGCUGUGACAGCGAACGGGGAAAAAUACGUCUUCCCUGCCUCACAGCUAUUACCGUAUUUUUCAGAGUAUAAGAUGUACCUUUUUCCCCCCUAAAAGGGGGUGAAAAUUUAGGUGCGUCUUAUACACCAAAUGUAGCCCCGCCCACCCACUGUCCCCCACCCUUUGGCCUCUGCCUCGAAACAGUUACCUCCUUGCAAGCAAACAGCAAGAAAAAACAGCUCCUUUCAGCCUCAGCACAGGCUAAUUAGCACAAGUUGAUUGGAUCGGCCUCCCGACUCUCAGCUGAUUUGCUCUCAGCUGUUUUGCGCAGGGCUCUGCUGCUUGCUGCAAAGAGGUAAAUUGCUGGAGCAGAUUUUUUUUCCUUGUUGCUAAUCAAGCUAUGCUGAAAACGAAAAUAAAAGUAAAGCAGGCUGUUUGCUGUUUUCUGCAACGAGGCAAAAUUGCUUAGAGGCAGAGGGAGAUUUCUUUUUCUUUUCCUCACCAAAAAAAAUAGGUGCGUCUUAUACUCCGGUGCGUCUUAUACUCCGAAAAAUACAGUAAAUCACAAGAGUUCUUGCCCAGGAACCAAGAUGCCAGGUUAUAUCCAAAAAUCGCAUCUCCCCCCCCCCCUUUUUUUUUUUUUUUCAAAAAUAAUUAUUAUAAUGCAAAUUCCUCAAAUGUGCUUUUCCUUUCUAACAAGGUUUCAUUGGGUCUGGGAAGAACAUGAGAAGAAAAUUUGUCUAGGCUGAUGGUAACCAAACGUCUAACCCUAACCCAAUCUGGAGAGAUAUUUGCCGCUAAUUUUGAAGAAGUGUUCAUUUUCUCUCUUUCCUAGAGGGCCCGAUGAAAAGGAAAUUUGGUUUUCAAAACGAGUCAUGUAGGAAGAAAAUAAGGAACCACGUAGGAUAGAUGAAGGAGUCCUUUUAAACGUGAAGAGCUUUUUGGUGGCCUCCCUCAAACAAUUGCUGCCGAGUGGGUUGUGCAUUUACAAAAUGGCGCCAUUGCUUGUCGCUUCAUUUGAAAACUUCAGGUUUUUUACUGUCCCAACUGAGUGCUCCGACAGUCGACUGCCUGAUAGAAGCAGGAAUUUUCCAGCAGCUUCAGUUGGCUAGUAGAUUUGCAGAAAAUGGAGACCCACCAAGGUGUCUUCAAAAAAAAAAAAAAAUCAAGAUGGCGGUCACAACAAUGCGAUGCCUUUUUGCGCCUGCACACCACAUCAGCGGAUACACAAAAUAUGACCAUGGUGUGACCCUGCUUCUUUUGAUUCACCCGUGAAUGCCCUUAUAAGCUUAUCGGCUAAAUAAAUAAAAAUAAAUAGGAAUGUACAGUGAUGCUAUUUUCAAAAGGCAAAUGAAACAGAUCCAAGCUGGAAAAAUAGAGGUUACUCAAAGCAAAUUUCGUGCUAAUUUUGAGAAGCAUUUCUGCACGUUAGGUGUCCAGGGCUGGUUGGUUUUUUUGUUUUUUUUUUUCAAUACAGUGGAAAAAAUAAAUAAAUAGGAAAAGCCAUUUUGAAGUAAUAAUUCAACCGGAAAAAUCUAGCAGAGGAAAAAACCGUGUAAAUUUCUCAACGCAGAAUUUCUCAACGAAAAUUUUAAAAUGACCAAGUGUUCUUAUCUUAAAAAAGAAAUAAUAAUGUUUAAAAAAUCUAGAUGUUCAAAAAAAUAAUGUUUGAAUUAAAUGCCACUCUGGAGGUUUUUCCUUCCAAGGGGUGGUUGCCUUAAUAAAUUGAAAAAUAUUUGGGGUGGGGCUGUCCUGUAUAUAAUGUAAUUAUAAAGACGAAGGGAGAAAUCAAAUCUGCAUGGACCCCAACUUUUGUGUGACCCAGUUGUUGUUUUCUUUUUAAAAUUGUCAUUUCCAAUUGACCAGAUUGAAUACAAAAUCACCCUUUCUUUCACUGUGUCGUUGGCUUCGGUUUCUGAAGCAGAUUUGAUUCGCUAACUCAGUACGUUUGUUUGUGUUGUGUUGCAUUAAGCAGCAUAUUUUUAUAUUAUCCUUUUAUGGCAUUAAUGAUCCUUCCCCUGAAAAGAACAAAGAAAAACAAAACAAAGGAAGAUAAAGGCAGUUGUUAAUAACUUCCUUUCCGUUCCCCCAUUAAUUUUAUAAUAAUCUUAUUGGGCGGGGGGGAACCAAGUAGGGCAUAAUAUAUGCAAUAAGCUAGACUGAAGAAGAGACUUUAGCAAAACAAAAUAAUAAUAAUGAAAUAAGUCAAAGCAGUUGCUGAGUUUGGAUUCAGUAUGGGGGAUAACAUCUUCGGAAUAUUUAGAACCGAAAAUUUCUCCUUCUUAAAAUUCAAUAGAUAAAUGAAUAACCAGUUCUAACUGGUUAUAUAACCAGUUCUGACUGGAACAGUUACCCUGUUUCUAAGGUUGUUUCACUAUUUUUGAAGCAGAAAUCUAUCUUUGCAACUAUUAGCAAGGCCUCCUUGGACCAGAAGUAUCCUAUUUUUUUGAUCAGACAAGAUUCCUCGAGACUAGAAAGCCCAAAGGGAACGGAAUCAGAUCUAAAACUAAAACCAAUCUCAUUCCAUUAAAAUGUCUUGUUCAAAUCUCCAUUAAAUAAAUGCAGUUAAAAUUAUUUUCCGCCAUAUGGUUGUAUGUCUAAGGUCGCAUUUUUAAAAAAGAAGAAGUAACUUUUGGAAAAGUUUUGGAGGUUAUACUGAAAGCAGAGAGUGUCUAUGGCGAUUCUCCGUCAUCCAGGUCAUGGAUUGUCCCAAAGGCACUUUUUUCAAGAGGCAGCUCGACUUUGUUUGUUUUUCCUUGAAGACGUUUCGCUUCUCAUUCAAGAAGCCUCUUCAGGUCUGAACUGAUCUGUGGAGGUUUCUUGGAUCAGAAGCGAAACGUCUUCAAGGAAAAACAGUCCAGUUGCCUCUUGAAAAAGCGCCUUUGAAAGCAGAGAGGUGCUCCUGAUUUUGCAUUGUGGCGUCUUUUAAAAUGUCAAGGAAGACAUCGAUGCCAAACAGAGCUGGAUUGGGUAACCUCAAAAGCUUCCUUCCACCCACCUCUGUGGUUCUAAGUGAUGAAAUGUCCUACAAACCACAGGGCCAACCUAUCUUUCACUGCCCACAUGCUCCACAUCCUCUUUAGUGUAUCUAUUCCAUCCAUGAUUUGACAAUAAUUCUCAUAAGUCUUUCAAGGACACGUUUCAUCAGCCCUAGCAAUGUCAGCAACUGAGUUUUCAUUCCCACAUUGCCAUAAUCCUGGUAAAUUUGGAACAGAGCCAAACUAGUAUUUCAUUGCUUAGUUUUCCCUACGUGGAUGCUACCAAAAUAGGCGUCUCAGAAGAAUGUCAUUUUUUUUAGUGAGAUGGAUGGAUUGAGUGGGAUUGCUCUCUACCUCUGCACCAAAGAAAAUUGAUGUGAACUAAACAAUAGUGAUGAUAAUUAAAACAAGAGGACAAGUAAUACCUAUAGUAUGCCACAGCAAUUGUAGACAAGGUACCCAAACAAUGUAAUGGAAGACCAAGAACAGGAAGAGCAAUUUCUGCAAAGUCUUUUGAAGAAGUUGCAGUUCAAGUAAAUCUACAUUGAGGUUCCUGUCUUAUACAAGCCAACAUAGAUUGUUGACCACAGAUUGUAGACCUUCAAACAAUUUACCAUUUUAGUUUAUCAAAUCCCUUUUGGAGAAAAUGACGGUAGCGCACAUGAGGGAGAGCCACUGAAAUAGCCACUACGAGUCUCCACGUAAAAUUCUCUCCGUCUUUGAACUCAAUGGUUUCUUAAAACUCAUUUGAAUUCUUUUAAUUUAAUUUUAGUUUUAAUUUCUGGUUUUUUUCCUUUUCAUUGCAACAAAAAGAUUAAUUCUUCAGUAGCAGAAUGGGGUCUGUCAGUGAUUUUGAACUUUUAAGAUGUUGAGUUAUAGGUGAUUACUGUUUUCUUGGGGGUUUGAUCACCAGGAAAGGGCCUCUCAAACCAAUUUGUUUCUUUCACUAACAUUUAAUGGGUGAAUUGUGUCUGAUACCUCACUGCACAUAACAUGCUCAUAGGUACACUUGUAAUUUGUUCUCCUGACAAUGAUAGACACCUUCAGUGACUCAAUUUACAUAUUGGUAAAGAAUUGUUCAGUCAUUGGAAUGACCAGAGUUUCGCUUCCCUCAAAACGUAAUAAUUGAUACAUGUAAAAUACGUUGCAUCAAGUCCUAUCAGAGAUGCAUUGAAGUUUAAAAUUCUUGCAUCCCUUUCAACUUCAAAAUUUCCCAAAAAAACAAGUAUAUUUGAGGACUGGAUGAAGAGAAACGGCCAGUUGUGUUUUAUUUCUGGGGAACAUUUAAAAACAAUUGCCACAAUUAUUACAAAUCACUGAGACUCGGCAGUUAAAAAUACGUCCUCCCAAAAAUGUAGGCAUGAACACAUAAUGCAAAUAUAAAGUUGUCCUUUCAGGUUACCGCCCAGACGUAAACCCAAUGAAUAGGAAGGAGCGUUGUAUUUCAAAAGGCCAUCCUGAUUUUUGAAUCAAUAUUCAUUCACGAGGCAUCUUUAUAAAAUUACAAGAAUCGUCUUAACCAUUUCAAUCUAGAGAUACCCAGGACAAGUGAAGGAUAAAAUCCUUCCGUUUAAUAUUUUCAUAUCCCAUUCAGUUUCCAUAAAAAACAAAAAGAGUGUGACCGUUCUAACAUCCUGAGGGAAUCCAUGGAGCCAUUUUGAAGCCAUUGGCUUUUAUUUGGUACCAUUGGGAAGAAAUGCCAGAACUUAGCUUUCUAGGGUAUUUGUCUUCUGAAAAGAUGUCCAAAUAAGUUAUAUCAUAAUAAACGGCAGUGCUGUGGGUCCUACUUUGGCUUUUUGGACUGAAGAUGGUCACAUGUGCUCGUUGAUCAGCCUUGAGAAGAGUAAAAUUAGGAGAUGGACGUUAUCUAAAUAAAACAGCGUUGUUCAGUUUUGGUAACUAAGACCUGUGGACUUCAACUCCCAAAAUUCUGGGAGUUGAAGUCCACAGAUCUUAAAGUUACCAAAGAUUGGACACCGCUGUGCUAAAAGCAAACUUGAGUUGUGAAGUGGCAGAACAAACGUGUGUUCUCUCGUGUCCAGCUACCAGUAGAUUUGUUACACAAAGCCAUAGAGAGAACCACAAUAAAAUCAAACAUUAAAUAUAGAUUGCUACAGAUUUGAUUUGGGAGCAGGGGUUUACCAAUUCUUCAUCUAAAUACAUUAGUCUGAUUAAGAAUGAGCUUUAGGAAAAUCAGCCAAACCAUCAUUCAACAGGAUAACCUGUAUCAAACCAUCCCACUAAAACCAUAGUUUACCCAUUUCAGCACCGAGGAUGACAAGAAUGCAGCAACUGUAUUUUGUAAUCUGAACUUUAGGGUUGAGCGCAUUGAGUCAGUAAUAAGCUUUUUUAAAAAUGCAGAUGCAGAGACCAGGGAGAGAGAGAAAAAAUCAUUUAUUAUGAGAGAUUGAGCACCUAGACAAUUUAGCUGAAGUUAAAUUCACCGAACAUAAAGGUAAUUUCCUGCAGGGACACAAUUAAAGGGAUUAUGGUAUAUAUUUCUUUCCCUCCUGAGUUGGACAGUGGUGUUUUUUUUCUAGGGAAUAGGUAAUUAAUCCAUAAAAUAAUCCCUCCUCAGGGUUACAGUCUCAAACCCUCUUAUCAACAUCCUUCCAAAAAAAGGAGCAAAGAAAUUUAAACCCAGCAGAACAAACCUUGGUAUAUAAACUGUUUGAAUAUAUAUAAUUUGGCACCUGCUAUUCUUUCAGCUCUUUGGAUAAAUAUCUUGAGGAUAUGACAUUCCCCUUUGAACUUCUUGUCGGAGUGAUGCUUGGUUGCCACUUGUUAAAUAUAAAUAUAUAUAAUUAGAGUAAGCACAUCUUCCAGUUUAAGCUUCAUAAAUGCAAUUUGUUUUUGCUAAUAUGUGAAUUGCGGUAUUCAGGGCAGGGGUGAAAUCUACUUAUCUUCCUUACCGGUUCGGAAGUGCUCGCAUCGCGCAUGCACAGAGGGUAAAAAACACAUUACUUCCUGGUUAAAACCAGGAAGUAAUGACACCUGGUGGGUGGAGCCUCACACCGCCAUCGCUGCUGGUUCUCCGAAUCACCUGCCACAAUCGCUACUGGAUCGCUUGAUCCGGUCCGAACUGGGAGGAUUUCACCCUCGAUUCAGGGGUAUCCCGCCUAAACUUUCAACAAUUUAAAUGCAAAGUUAACUGAGUUGCAUCCCACCCCCCAAAAAAUGCCAGAGGAUUUAACUGACUUUCCUGUUUGUUAUGUUAAGAGUAAGGGUGUCCAACCUUGGCAACUUUAAGACUCGUGGACUUCAACUCUCAGAAUUCCUCAGACCAGCUGUGGCAUUCAAUUCUAGGAAUUGAAAUCCACGAGUCUUAAAGGACUUCAAUUCCCAGAAUCCCCCAGCCAGCCAUGCUGGCUGAGGAAUUCUGGGAGUUGAAGUCCGCAAGUCGUAAAGUUGUCGAGGCCGGACACCCCUGUGUUAAGAGUAAUCAUAUUUGAAAAGUUGGUGUCUGUUUUUAUUGACUUUUUCUCCGUUCAGAUGGGUUAAUCACAAGCACAGCAAAUUUUUGGAUCAUGUUGUUAGCCAGCCAAGGAAACGUAUUGGAAAUAUUCAUAAUAACCCUGCCAAUUUAUUACUAAAACAAGAAAAUCUUCAGAAAAUCCCACCGCCCUACUUUCAAAUAGGAAAUAUAUAUAUAUGUAUAUAUAUAUACAUAUAUAUAUAUAUAUAUAUACAAUUAAGCAAAGGAGAUUUGUUGACGUGGGGAGAAAAACACAAAAAUCAUGUGGAUCGGUUAUUUUUUUUAAGUGCUGUUUCUUAAAUAAUAAUACUAAAUGCACACGAAGUGUUAAAUAUGUAUAUACUGUAUUUCAAAAACUUAAAAUCCUACAAAAUGAACGGGGCACAAGAUUGUUUUACAAGUCGUGCUGGCUACUUUUUAGUUUGUAAGUGGUUUUUAAAAGCCUUUUUUAACGUGUAAUUUGCAUGUUCUACUUUGAUUGUAUGUAAACAUAUUUUAGAGCAAAAAUGUAUUUGUAUUUUAUUGAAUAUAGAGGCGAGACGGAAAAAAAAACUUGUACAUUUGUUUGAAAUGUUCUUUUUGUAACGGUUUUUAUUCAUGAAGCAUUUUUGUACAUUUAAAAAAAAACGGAUACGGACUUUGUUGUUAUUUGAAAGUUAGGUACAUCUGGCAUGCUAAAAUGUCAUGCUUUUUUCAUAAUUGUAGAUGUUGGUUUUUAAACAAUUUUUUUCUAAAAAGGAGCUCCAGUCUUCGCUACCAAAUCAGGUUAGCCCAGUAUAGAGCACUUAACUAUUAAAAGGAAAAGAAAAAAGAAAAAAAAGAGAAAAAAAAAGUUAAUCCUAUUCAUAUGUUAUUCAUUGUGUGAAAUUAAAGGAAUUCAAAUCA